AUGGGGAAAUUUGGCAACAAGCAGAAUCACCAUAGGGAGCAGCAAUGCCGCCCCUCGCCGCCCGCCAAUUUACCCCCUCUCCUCCGUCCCCCUUUCCCCCCCCCUCCCUUUCCCCUUUCCCCCCCCCUCCCUUUCCCCUUUCCCCCCCCCUCCCUUCCCCCUUUUCCCCACCCGAGGGUGCGGCUCGUCCCUCCCAGGGGAUGCCAGCAUGGUCGCCGUGACUCGGAAGAGGAGAGAACAUUUCCGGUGCUGCUGGCCUCGGCCAAGAGCGCCUCAGAAGGCGGCGACGGUGGUGGGCGGCGCUGCCCUGCGCUGCCACGGGCGAGGCGUGGGCGGCAUGCUGGUGCGGUGAGGUCCGUGAGUGCCAGCUCGCUCUCCCCACCCACCCUCCCACCUCUUUGCCCCGUGCACUGCACUGCCUGCUCACCUGCUCCCACCCCCUCCACUCGCUCCUCCACUGCUCCGCCGUGCUGCACUGCACUCCCUCCCACCAUUCGCCUCGCCUCUCUCUCCAUUCCCGCAUGCCUCCCUACUCUCUCCCUGCAUCUUCAUCUGCACCCCACUUGCCAUUCGCACCGCUCCACUCUCUUCCCUCCCAUUCCCCUCUCUGUUUCCUAG